UGGACUGAAUUGAAUAAUUCGUCUAUUUCACACUGCCUCACCAAAGUGCAACAUACCUUCCUCAGUUACUCUCGACCUACUCUCGACCUACGCCAAUAUGAGUCUCCAAAGCCCUCCCGAGAAGCCUUAUCGGGGCUCCCAUAGAGCUUCCUCCACCGGUAGCUUUAUGGAAGAGAUCACGGUUGCCCGUAAGGAGCUCGAUGCCUUGGCCAUUGACUCAACACCAGACUCGUCUUCGCCACCUUCCCUGACCGGUAGCCCUGUUGCUGGCAUGUCUCCUGCGACCCCGGCCCUAGACACGCUAGUAGCAGAUGGGUUUGCCUUUGCCUUCGACAUUGACGGCGUCCUGGUGCGAGGCGGGCGUGCCAUUCCAGAGGCAGUCGAGGCCAUGCGGUACCUUAACGGAGAGAACGAAUAUGGGCUCCGAAUUCCUUACAUCUUCCUCACCAAUGGAGGCGGAAAGACAGAAGAGGAACGCUGUGCGGAUCUGUCGGGCCAGAUGCAGAUCGACAUUUCCCCUGCCCAGUUCAUUUGCGGUCACACUCCCAUGAGGGAGAUGGCCGAGCGCUUCCGUACCGUCUUGGUCGUCGGCGGCGAAGGCGAGAAAUGCCGCCAGGUAGCUGAGGGUUACGGCUUCCGCGACGUCAUCACGCCAGGCGACAUCAUCAAACACAACAGUGCCACCACUCCGUUCCGGAAGCUAACAGACACCGAGUUCUUCAACUCGCGCGAGCGUGACUUCGGUAACGUCACCAUCGAGGCCAUCUUCGUCUUCGCCGACUCGCGGGACUGGGCCGGCGACAUCCAGAUCAUGUUGGACAUCGCCAUGUCCAAGGGCGGCCGCCUGGGCACUCUGUCGGAGACGCUGGACGAGGGCCCGCCCAUUUACUUCUCGCACAACGACGUCGUCUGGUCCGCUGCCCACGACAACGUCCGCCUCGGCAUGGGUGCCCUGCGCCGCAUGCUGGAGGUGAUCUUCAAGGACGUCACCAAGAAGAAGGGCGUCCUGCACACGCACGCCUUUGGCAAGCCACAAGUGAGCACCUUCGAGUUCGCGACACGUCUCCUCCAGCGAUGGCGCCGCCAGCAGCACGGCUUCAACGCCCCGCCCGAGACGGUCUACUUCGUUGGAGACACCCCCGAGAGUGACAUCCGCGGUACCAAUGCCUACAACGAACAAUCCGAGAACGACUGGUACAGCAUACUAGUCAAGACGGGCGUGUAUCAGGAAGGCACGGAGCCUGCGUACAAACCAAGGGUCACUGUCAACAACGUGCUCGACGCCGUCAGGUACGGCCUUCAGCGAGAGAUGCGCAAGCGGGUUGUCCAUUCUUUCCGCAAGGACGUGCUAGGAGAAGAGGCCUGCCUCGAAGCUCUCAACGGAAAGGACAGCGCGGUUCUGACCCCUCUAGAAGAGCGCGCUUCUCCCAUCUUGGGUUGAGCGCCUUUCAGGGGUACGGGGCGUU